GACUAUAGAGUAGCACAGCCAUUCUUCCCUUCAGUUCACACUACGCACUUGCAGUUAGUUGCAGCAGAAAAUCCAUGUACUGUGAGGGUAUCUCGGACUUCGUGCUAUAGACAUCGAAAGUGGAUUCCGUUCUCGACGUCGAUGAUGGGAUCGGAAACGGAAGCAGUAGUAGGUUCUGCUGAAGUGGGAGUUCUUGCAAACUGACUGAAACAUAUAAUUCAAAGGGAAGAAAAAAGGAAAUGGCCAACAAGGUAUGUAACUUAACUGAUUUGGUUCAACGAGUCACGGCUUCUUGCUUGCUGCAUCCACUUGCUCGGGGGCAUGAACCAGAAGAUUUCUCAGAAAACCAGGCUGAAGAUGAAGAAGAUGAAGUUCAAUCAGAUUGCGAAGAAAAUGAGGUUGAAGAAGGAUUCACAGUUGCAGGAGAGAAGAAAAGGGAAGUAACUUUGAAGAGGGUGAGGGAGAUGGAGCUAUUAAUGGGAGAGGUCUUUGAUGCUGUGUCAUCUAUGAAGAAGGCAUAUGUUAACUUACAGGAUGCACACUGUCCUUGGGAUCCGGAGAAGAUGAGAACGGCAGAUGUUGCGGUGGUGGCAGAGUUGAGGAGGCUUGGGAAUUUGAGGGAGAGGUUCCGGAGGAGAGUUCGAGGAGCUGGAAGAGGAGGACCACUGGGCCUAGUGUCUCUGAGGGAGGCAGUGGCACCUUAUGAAGCAACAUUGGAGGAGCUUAAGAGAGAAGUGAAGGCCAAGGAGGUGGAGAUAGAGAACCUGAAGGAGAAGCUCAGUAACAUCACGACUGGUGGGAAGAAAGGGAGGUUUCAGUCUAGGAAGAAAAUCAGCAGCAUUAAAGGUCAAGUGGUAGCUGCCCCUGGACCUGAAUUGUUCGAAGCAAUAAUGAGCCAGGUGAAGGAGAACUCUAAGUCCUUUGCAGCUUUCCUCCUCUCUCUCAUGCGAUCUGCUCACUGGGACAUAACUGCGGCUGUCCGAUCCAUUGAAGCUGCCACUACCACCACUACCAAUGAUAAUAUUAUGUUUAAAGUCGAAGCACAUCAUGCCAAGUAUGCCCUUGAGUCUUAUCUGUGCCAGAAGAUGUUCCAGGGGUUCGACCAUGAGACUUUCUACAUGGAUGGCAGCCUUUCCUCACUUCUAAAACCUGACCAGUACCGCCGAGACUGCUUUACUCAAUUUCAAGAUAUGAAGGCUAUGGAUCCAGUAGAGCUCCUUGGGAUUUUACCAACCUGCCAAUUUGGUAAAUUUUGUUCCAAAAAGUUCCUGUCUAUUAUUCACCCCAAGAUGGAAGAAUCAUUGUUUGGAAACUUAGAACAGCGCAAUUUAAUUGUGGCUGGAAACCACCCUAGGAGUCAGUUUUACAAAGAGUUCUUGGGCCUGGCAAAGGCUGUUUGGUUGCUUCACUUGCUCGCGUUUGCACUUGAGCCUGCGCCAUGUCAUUUUCAGGCAAGCAAAGGAGCUGAUUUCCACCCCGAGUAUAUGGAAAGUGUCAUCAGAUUUUCUGGUGGACGGGUGCCGGUGGGUCAGGUAGUCGCAUUUCCUGUUAGUCCUGGGUUUAAGCUUGGCAGUGGUUCAGUUAUCAAGGCUCGGGUAUAUCUCAUGUCUCGAACGUCACAAUGGGAGGUGAGUGAUGCCAAGGAAAUGAUUCCUCCCCUUUUUCCUCGUUAGGAUAUUCCUUCAUUUCAGAUUUAGGAAAUCUUAAGACAGAAAGGAAACCUAGGGGCGCCCCAGAGUUCUCUGAUCCCAAAUGCAAGGGCAAGGAAGAGUGGAUAUACUCAGCAUUUUUCCUUUUGGUUUGCAUUUUUUGUGUACCUAGCUUGGUUACUGAUCAUUUAAGGAGUGUAGGUUGUGUUAAAAAGGGUGUACCUGGAUGGGGUGUGUUAUUACAAGUGGGAUGCAGUAAUUUUUGCAUUUCUUGUAUUUGUUUUGCAAAUGAUGGUUUUUUGGUGAGCCUGUGAUUCAGGUUAACAAAUGAAUCAG